UAUAAAAAAUAAUUGAAAAGAAAAUAUAAAGUCUCUUCAAGCAAUAGUUGUGCAGCCUASAKUUCAGUGUUUUUUAUUUCUACAUUUUCCUGCGCUAAUAGCGUCAAUGAGAGCAAUCUCAGCCAAAACACUGAUGUGCUUUGAGACCUGUUUUCAAGAAUUGUCCAUGUAAUCACGAUCAAURAUAGUUGAAAACAGCUGUAAAUCAUAGCUAAUAAUAACUAUGCUGUCAUCUAUCCUGAGUAUGAUUUAAAUUGUACACUAUUUAAUCUUCAUCAUUACAUUGCAUCUGAGAACCUUUGCGUGAUUCAACUUUCAGCAAGAAAUCGUUUGUAAAAACAAAAAACAAGUGAUCGAAAAGGUUCUCAUUUGCACGUGUGYAGUCAAACAUUGAAUUGCGUACAUUGAAWCAAUAAUCAGUCACCUCAGCCAGUCUCAGCAUUGGUCGCAUAACUUGUUCAUUCAUCUCUUUUUAAGCUGUAUACAAUAACUUACCAGACAUGAUGUCAGCCCUGAAACACGAUAAGRAGAUCCAAGGUGUAUUAAUAGACAAGCACGCUGCAGUCAGCAUUAGAGCGAUCCACACUGGUAAAGAGUCGAAACUCAUCGAAAUUGGAAAGAUGAUCGACUUCAAUCAUUUCAUUGGAAUGAGACUUAUUAUGCCAGACGUCAGUAUGUGCGCCGCUGUGAAGCAGUGCAUUGAACGACAAGUUGAAACUAGCGAUUUCCAAGAAACCAUAUUUGGAUCCCUCUCCAACUCAACCAUGGCAAACGAUGAACUCGAAUAUACAGGAAGCUUGUUUGAAGACGUUGAAUUUUUCUUCAUAUUAAUCGCAGUGUUUGGCGUAAUGACAGGGGUUGGAGUACUCUGGGAGUAUUUCUGGUACAAGCCAAAAAUGCUGAAAGCAGUGAAAAACAAYACUGAAGAUAUCCCCAAGUACAUUCUGACGGACGAAGAGGUUCAAAACCUUUGUGAAAACUGCUGUUGCAGGGUAGAGGCAAUAUAUCAAAAAGAUGGCCAGGAAAGGAAAGAGCGUUUGGAAGCAGACCAAUCAGAUUCUUCGAUAUCCAAACUAGAUAACCUAAUUCCACUUAGGAGAGCUAAAAAUUUACCCAAAAAAGAUCAUGUUUAAUUCAAGCUGUUAAAUAUUGGUCUUUGCUUUCUCACUCGGUUUAUUCAAAUCUCACCAGUAGAACGAAGUGUUCACUUUCAAAGGCCACUGUCCAUUUAGUCAUAACUGGCCGGCCAGCGGUACAUCUUAAAAGAGGUAAAGAAUACCUUUUGUCGAGACUUUUCAGUAAUUUUUAAAGUUUUCCAUCAAACGAUAAGAUAAAGGGAUGAAAUACUGAUAGAAAUUUAUUCUUCUGCACGAUCAGGAAUUAAUUAUAAUGUCAUUGUGUUUAAGUAUGGCCGGUUAGUUCUGGCAAAUGGAAUGCGUCGAAAAUGUCACCUGCGUGCAAAUGUAGGAUGUACCCGUGACCUAUGCUUAGCUUGCCUGUUGAUAUAGCUGGAUACUCCAAUAGCUAGUAGUGYUAGUCUCUCCCCCUCGUUAGUGUACAGCAACUGUACAGCAUUGUUAUACAAUAGUUUACUAUAAUACUGGACUGUAGGAUUUCGCGCUGUGACCGUACCGUGCCGUAGCGGUGAUGUAUUGCUAAAUCUUCAUGUGACUAGAGAGAUACAUGUUUGGCUGAUAUUCCUCAACCCGUGAAACAAAAUGUAAUGGCUAAUGAAAUCCACCGAAACAACACUGAAAAAAAGAACAACGUAGAAUAAUAAAGUAUGGUUUGCCAAAGUGCAUUUCACGGGUUUACGGUGUAGGAAGGAAAACCAUCCAAUUUAUAGAAUGAAGUUACCUCGAGUUUUUUGUAAAACAUGACAAACGUGUUUUGAAGAAAUCAUGGACUCAAUUACAUUUGCAUUCUGGAAUUUCUGUUAAUAUUUAUAGUUUGAUAGUAAAAAAUGUCCAAAUUUCAAGUCUUUUUGCCUUUUUUGCCUUGUUUUGAUGGUCUUUUGCUUGACCUUUUUUGGGAUUUCUUUUUGUCACCGCCUUUUUUCUUCUUUGCAGAGCUGAAAUCCAAUUGAAAAUGACGGUAUAUUGGUUAAAUUAUGAUAACAAACAAAUCAUCCCGUGUAAGCGUUUUUGUCUGACAUGGCUAAAGUAAUGUAUCUCAAAUGUCAUUGAUGAUUUAAACGAAAGAAUCUAGUAACCUUUUCUGUGUCUGUGCUAAAUGUUGACCAACAGCCUAAUAAAGCAACGAUACAUGUUAUAAAGUAUCGAGAAUGGAUAAAAUCAGAGAAAGUAUCAAUACCUACCUUGUUUAAAUYCAGUGUUGGGGUUUUCUUGAACAUUUUCUCAACUACCUCCAUACUUUUCUUUUUUUCACUUGUAAAAUCUCCAGAGACUUUCUCAAACUGUAAGAAAGAAACAUGUUGACUUUAAGGAAGUCGCUAGCUUGWUUUAUCAGGUAAAAUAAAAUACAUAUUAUAGAGACUUA